AACACGUCCACUGAACCGAUUGAAUCGUGUGGUAACAGAGCUAAGUGGCCAACUGAACGCCGUCUAUCCACUGUUUCUGUGGUUCUGUGUGAGGGCUAGUUAGCACUUUAUCCCUGUCCGCUAACUGAUGUAAACAAACGUAGGUUAAGUUCCCAGCCAGCUUGCUUGCCUGGCAUAUCCAGCAAACAAGCUGUUUAGUAAAAGAGGCAAGCGCCACGACAAAACGGUGACUUGCUUGGUUGAAAAAUCUGUUUUACACACAGGCUGACAGCAAGAGAUACAGCAGUACAAGCUAGUGGAGGAGAUUAGCUAAACUAGCCAGGAAGCUUGGCUGCUCAGCGUGUCUCGCAUAGCGUUAUGUGUAAUAGAUGCACAGCUAGCUUGCUAACAGACCUGUCAGGGAGCUGUUUGUAAGACUUAGUAAGGCAGAACGUAUACAGUUUCAUUUCAUUUAACACCGUAGGAUUUUGAUAAAUGCCUGUCAACAACGAAUGACAUUCAGACGUGAGCACCUGGAGCAGCCUGUUUCAGUAUGGCAUCAGGGGGUGAUCGGCAAGAGACUGUACGUCCACCAACACACAUGAAUCGACUGAGCAAAGAGAGAUCCCCCUACUUACUGCAGCAUGCACACAACCCUGUUGACUGGUUUCCAUGGGGAAAAGAGGCAUUUGAUAAGGCAAAAAGUGAAGACAAGCCCAUUUUCUUGUCAGUGGGUUACUCUACUUGUCACUGGUGUCACGUGAUGGAGAGAGAAUCAUUUGAGGAUGAGGAGAUUGGGAAGAUCCUGAGUGACAACUUUGUUUGUAUAAAAGUUGACAGGGAGGAGAGACCUGACGUUGACAAAGUCUACAUGACGUUUGUACAGGCAACUAGUGGAGGUGGUGGCUGGCCGAUGAGCGUAUGGCUUACUCCAGAUCUCAGACCAUUCAUAGGAGGCACAUAUUUCCCUCCAAGAGACAGUGGGAGAAGACCUGGAUUUAAAACUAUACUUUUGCGGAUUAUGGAACAGUGGCAGAAUAACAGAGAUGCACUGGAGUCCAGUGGAGAACGGGUGGUGGACGCUCUGCGGAAGGGCACAUCCUUCUCAGCCAGCCCAGGAGAAACGCUGCCGUCAGGCCCAGAUGUUGCCAACAGAUGUUUCCAGCAGCUGGCUCACUCAUAUGAAGAGGAGUAUGGAGGAUUUCGAGAUGCACCCAAAUUCCCCACACCAGUGAACCUGAUGUUCCUGAUGUCAUUUUGGGCAGUAAAUCGUGCUUCCACUGAGGGAGCAGAGGCAUUGCAGAUGACUCUCCACACCCUCAGAAUGAUGGCUUUAGGGGGAAUUCAUGAUCAUGUGGCUCAGGGUUUUCACAGAUACUCUACAGACUCCUCUUGGCAUGUGCCCCAUUUUGAGAAGAUGCUGUAUGAUCAGGCCCAGCUGGCGGUUGCCUACAUCACUGCCUACCAGGUGUCUGGAGAGCACCUUUUUGCAGAUGUUGCCAUCGAUGUGUUGCAGUACGUCUCCAGAGACCUUAGCCACAAGUCUGGAGGCUUCUACAGUGCUGAGGAUGCAGACUCGCUGCCCACACCUGAGUCCAGUGAGAAGAGAGAAGGCGCAUUCUGUGUUUGGACAGCUGGAGAGGUCAGGGAGCUGCUCUCAGAUACGGUGGAGGGGGCCACUGAGGGUGCGACACAGGCUGACAUCUUCAUGCAUCAUUAUGGUGUGAAAGACCAAGGCAAUGUGGAGCUAGAACAGGACCCACAUGGUGAGUUGCAGGGCCAGAAUGUGCUGAUAGUGCGGUAUUCAGUAGAGCUCACUGCUGCUCGCUUUGGCCUCAGUGUGGAAAGACUGACUGAAGUGCUUGCCAGUGCUAGGACAAAACUUGCUGAAGUGCGCAGAGCACGCCCUCCACCUCAUCUGGACACUAAGAUGCUGGCCUCCUGGAAUGGGCUGAUGCUGUCAGGGUUUGCACGGGUUGGGGCUGUGUUGGGGGACAAGGCCCUGCUCCAGAGAGCAGAGCAGGCUGCACAGUUUCUCCGAGAGCAUUUGUGGGAUGAAGAGAGACAGCGGAUGCUGCACUCCUGCUAUCGCGGGGACAACAUGGAAGUCGAGCAAACCUCCUCACCCAUUGCAGGCUUCCUGGAUGACUAUGCAUUUGUGGUGUGUGGUCUGUUGGACCUCUUUGAGGCUACACAAACUGUGCACUGGCUGCAGUGGGCUGAGGAACUCCAGCACAGGCAGGACCAGCUCUUUUGGGAUGCCCAGGGCAGUGGCUACUUCUCUAGUGACCCUUCAGACCCCUCCUUGCUGCUGUCCCUUAAACAGGAUCAGGAUGGUGCAGAGCCCAGUGCAAACUCUGUGUCUGCCGUGAACUUAGUACGCCUGUCCCACCUGACAGGCAAUGACGAGUGGAGGCAGCGCUCUCAACAGCUGCUGACUGCUUUCACUGAUAGGCUAGUUAAGGUGCCCAUCGCCCUUCCUGACAUGGUCCGUGGCCUCAUGGCACAUCACUACCCCGUUAAACAGAUAAUUAUCUGUGGCCAACGUGAUGCAGAGGACACAGCCGGCCUGAUUGCCUGUGUCAACUCCCUGUUCCUUCCCUACAAAGUUCUGAUAUUGGCAGAUGGGAAUACAGAAGGUUUCCUUUAUCAGAAGCUGCCUCUUCUCUCUUCGCUCAUUCAACAAGAGGGUAAAGCCACAGCGUACGUGUGUCAGGACUUCGCCUGUGCCCUACCAGUCACCUGCCCUCAGGAACUCAGGAGACUACUGCUGGAGUGACCUCUUAGGUUAUCAGAUAGGUCUUAUAUAGGUACAUAUAGACUGCAUUGAUAUCUCAUAGGACUAUAUGGGUGGGAGCAGUCACCAAACGUUUUGAUUUGUUAUACCUACCUUGUUAAUAGCAGUUAUUCAUUUGAUCAGUUACUAAAUAUGUGGACUUUGUAGAUUUACAGUUACUGACUGUUGGUACGAUUUGUCAUCCUCUCUCCACCCAUCCAAGAAUCCCAACACUUAUUAAAAUACAGCUAUUGUAUAACUGUCACUGUUGUGCUGAGAAUGGUCCACUUCUCAAAUAAUGUCCUCAACUCCACUCCAAGUUACACUACUUUGCUCUGUUAUGAUAUGCCACAUAGUACAAAGAAUGGCAUGACAGACAUAAAACAUAAGAUACAUUACUUUAAACCAGUAAGAAAAUAAGGGGACAAUAAAAGUAGUCCCAUGUGUGUGUGAUGGUAAUGUCUUUGCAUUGGCCCUGUUCACAGGAGACCAUGAGUUUGAUGCCCAGCGAUGCCAUAGCCAGUGGCCUCGCUGUCUCAGGAUGGGUAAGCUGGCUCUCAAGCUUCCCUCGUCACUCACCAUAUGUAGCCAAGGCAGCAUAAUUUGCCUCUCUUUUUCCCCAUUACUCAGCUAACCAAAGCAGGCAUCUGUUAACUGAUGUAACAGAGUUGGCAGCUAGCUUUCCCCUACAAGCGUGUUGAGCAGUCCAAUGACUUUGCUUGAGGUUGAAAGAUGGAGUGGCUAGGUUCACAUGUCUUGGAGGAAACAGCAGCUGGUCAGCAGUCAUCCUGGGCUUGUCCCAGGCUGUAGAAACUGAAGCUGCAGUCAGUAACUGUAAAACUACAGACCAUACGGUAAGUGUACACAGUAAAAUUGCCAAGGAGGGUAGGUACACUACCAUUCAAAAGUCUGGAAUCACCAUUCAAGCAUUGGGAAUCACUGUUCUCAAUAAUAUAAAACAAAUUUCAUUGCAGUUAAAUGUAUGGAUAAUCAUAUUUUGAAGAUAACAAUCCACAGCUUUAUACAUUUCUGUGAAUUUGUAGGAUGUUUCAAAAAAUGUGCCCAGAAAGAAAGCAGAGUUGUAAAUGAUUCAGAAAUGACUGGAAGCUAAAAUCAUCCAGAUUGCCUCAUAUUUGAUAAGUGGUGAUCAAAUAUUGAUUCUACUAAUUUAUCAAGGAAAUACUGUAGAUAAUUUCAUUAUAUUGUUUAUAAUAUAAUAACUUUGUAAACUUGAAAUAUUAAUUAAAACAUCCUCAGAUACCGUCCAAAUUUAUUACACCUCAAAGUAUUUCAAUCUAUAUUGUGUAAGUGACUGCUGGAUAAUAUAAUUAUUAAUAUGACAGGUGGUUGCAUACUUUUGAAUGGUAAGGUGGUGCAUCUAAUAAUGCAAACGUCCUGUGUUUUCUUCCUAUCAGAUAUUGACUGAUGUGUACUGAGUGUUUUCAGUGCAUAGGCCAUAUGAGAUAGUACUUGGUGAAAUUAUAGUCAUGUGCAACAUAAUAUUAGAAAUGACCUCUUAUGAAUAAUCCACUCCAGUGUUUUUCCACCCUCCAAAACUUACCUUACCCUUAGUCUUAGGCAGUUCUUUGAGACUCACAGGAAUAGAUUGGUGAAAAAUCAAAUUUACACAGUUUUCUGCUUAGCCCAGAAAGAAUCGAUCAGUCAAGACAUGUUUGCAGUCCAAGUUCUUAAUCUCUAGUUUAGAACUCGAGCUUUGAGACAAGCACUGCUAAUAAUUGCUAUAGUCUUUAGUAAAUAGUCUCCCAAAUCAUUUCUGUAAAUGCAUCCCUAACACUUCUCUCAGCCCACUCAAAUCACAUCACAGGUCUUCAUUGCUUGUUUAAGGACACAAUAUGACCUUGUACUAUAAAAAUGAACAAUGGAUUCUGCAGGUUGUGUUCAUGAUGUUUGUUGAUGAACUAAAUUCUGCAUGAGAGUUAGAAUCCUGUACGACUCUGAAGUCUAAAAUGCUACGCAAUUAAGUUUUAUUCAUUUUUAUAGUUCGCAGUAUAUCAUACUGCACCUUAAAUCACAUCAGCAAGUCUGCACAAACUUAUCGCAGACCUAGAUGUUGUUUGAGCAGUGUGAAUAUAUGGAAAAGAUUUGGGUGACUAUUGACUUCGUGUUUCUUAGUAACAUUAGCCUUGUACCUCGAGUCCCAAGUUACAGAAACAGAAUUGGACAUUACGCCUGUCUUGGCAGAUCUGUUACAUCUGGGAUAUUAUUACAUAUUAUUUUGCUAAACCAUUCCUUUAUUGACCAAUCCUUGAAUAGGUAGAGGAUUGAGCGCCAUAGGAAAUGAGUCAAAUGUACCAGCAUGUUUUCCUGAACCUGUCCAUGUACUGUGAAUGAUCCAACUUUGGCUCAAACCAGCCCGCUGUUCCGCACAUCAGAUCUCAAUAUAUAGAUCUCAUAAUAUGUAAAAUGCUGAAACAUACAAUGUAUGCAUACGUUGAGCUGUAGCUUGACAUAAUAUAGUAAAUACUCAUUGAGUAAUGUUAUUUUGAA